AUGGUGAAGAUAAUUCCCACUGUGCUUCUCAGCACUCUGGCAGUCUGGGCUGGCCUUGUCUACUCCGAGCCCCUCCCGCCAUAUCUGUACACUCGCGCAACCCUUGAAGAAUUCAUCGCUUCACAGAGCCAGGUUUCCAUCACCGGUGUUCUCGCCAACAUCGGCCCAGACGGAUCCAAGGCCCAGGGUGUUUCUGCCGGUCUUGUUGUCGCCAGUCCCUCCCGUUCCAACCCUGACUACUGGUACACAUGGACUCGUGACUCUGCUCUGACCUUCAAGGCCCUCGUUGAGCGCUUCAUCGCCGGCGACUCGUCUCUGCAGACUGUAAUUGACUACUAUGUUAGUUCACAGGCCAAACUCCAAACCGUCAGCAACCCCUCAGGCAGCCCAGACUCAGGGGGUCUAGGCGAACCAAAGUUCAACGUCGAUGGUACUGCCUUUACAGGAGCUUGGGGUCGACCUCAGAGAGACGGUCCCCCGCUGAGAGCGACUGCGCUGACCCUCUACGCCAAUUGGCUGAUUGCCAACGGCCAGCAGAGCAAGGCUCUCAGCAACGUCUGGCCUGUCAUCCAGAAAGACCUGGCAUACACCGUCAAGUACUGGAACCAGACCGGUUACGACCUCUGGGAGGAAGUCAACGGAAGCUCGUUCUUUACCAUUGCUGCCACGCAUCGCGCUCUGGUCGAAGGUGCUGCACUCGCAACUGCGCUCGGCCAGGCUGACGGUGGUUAUGCAGCAGCCGCGCCUCAGGUCUUGUGCUUUGCCCAGAGCUUCUGGGUGAACGGCUACAUCGAUUCCAACAUCAAUGUCAACGAUGGCCGCACUGGCAAGGACGCCAACUCGCUAAUCUCUUCGAUACACACUUUCGACCCCACCUCUAAGUGUACGGACUCAACUUUCCAGCCCUGCUCUUCCAGGGCUCUGGCAAACCACAAGGCCGUUGUUGACUCUUUCCGCUCCAUCUACGCCAUCAACAGCGGCAUCGCUCAGGGCAAGGCUGCAGCUGUUGGCCGCUACGCUGAGGAUGUUUACUAUAACGGCAAUCCUUGGUACCUGACUACCCUUGCUGCCGCUGAGCAGCUCUAUGCGGCCAUCUACCAAUGGGACAAGGUUGGUUCUCUCACCGUCGACUCUGUCAACUUGGCCUUCUUCAAGGACAUUGUUCCCUCUGCUGCUGCAGGAACAUACGCCAAGGGCUCGACCACAUACCAAACAAUCAUCAGCGCCGUCCAUGCUUACGCAGACGACUUCAUCGCCGUCGUCCAAAAGUACACUCCCUCCAGCGGCGCCCUUGCUGAGCAGUAUACCCGAGCCAAUGGCUCGCCCACUUCUGCGACAGACUUGACCUGGUCGUACGCCGCCUUCCUCACAACCGUCGAGCGCCGCAGCGGUGUCGUCCCACCGUCCUGGGGCGAGUCUGCAAACAACAACGUGCCGUCUGUAUGCACUGCGCCGCCCUCUUGCAACUCCAAGACGACCUUCAACGUCCGCGUCACAACCGUCCCAGGACAGGACGUCUUCGUCGUGGGAUCGCUGACCCAGCUGGCCAACUGGUCACCAGCCAACGGCAUUGCGUUGAGCGCGUCCAAGUACACUUCGAGCGACCACCUGUGGUUUGUGGAGAUUGACCUCCCUGCGGGAACGGCAUUCAACUACAAGUACAUCAUCAAGCAGAACGGACAGGUGACGUGGGAGAGCGACCCCAACAGGUCCUUCACGACAAGCUCGGGAUGCGGAAGCACAAGCUCGACUAAUGAUAACUGGCGAUGA